AUGGCCGGCCCCAAGAGCGCAAAGCGCGUCCGUGACAGCGAUGACGAAAGCGAUAACGAUAUCCAGACCAAGACUACCAAGGCCACCAAGAAGGCAAAGACAGGCUCUGCAGAUGUUGAGACCGGCAACGAUGGCGACGGAAACCCUUGGUGGAGUCUCUCGGGCAAGCGCCGUGUUGCCGUCUCCGAGUUCAACAAGAAGCCCUACGUCAACAUCCGCGAAUACUACGAUGACAAAAGCAGUGGCGAGCUGAAGCCUGGCAAGAAGGGCAUCUCUCUCCCCCUCGAGCAGUACAAUGCUCUACUAAAGGCCAUCCCCGCAAUCAACGCCCAUCUUGCCUCACAGGGGCUCGAGGUCGCCGAUAUCCCUUCCUCUGGCCCGUCCGCCUCUUCCUCCAGCGCCGUCGAGAAGGCUGCUCCCCGGGAGAAGAAGGCCAAGAGGGCCAACAUCGAGGCCACUAGCGAUGAAGACGAGGAUGAGGAUUAG